GUUGACGAUGCUAAAUGGCAGCACUUGAAAUAGCCUACCUGCCCGCCCGCUCACCCACUCGCUGAUACGAUCACGACCCUGUCAGCAGCGUUUCAGCACCGCGGCGCCGCGGACAGCUCCUCCCCCGCCCGCCGACCUGCAAUCUGCGGAGAAAAGUUCAACACAAACAUUUCAUUUCAUUUGUUGAGUGCGAGAUUUUUCUUUUCCCCCUCCCCAACUUCGAGGAGCUCGAACUUUAGAUUAUCUCGGGAGGAGAAUGGAUUUUAAUCGACCAGCAAAUGUCUCCUUUUUUGAUUUCGUCGGAGGAGUGCAACUUCUCCAGGGGGAGGACACCAGGACAGCCAUACCGGUCGUCCUCAUCGGGAUCUGCGUGUCCGGGGCUGUUGGGAAUUUGCUCAUUUUGAUGGUUUUCAUCCGUGACUUUAGGAACGGAAAGGGCUCCGAGGUGAAAGCGCUCCUCGCCUCGUUGGCCUCCACGGACUUGGCGAUCCUGCUGCUGUGCGCUCCGGUGCGCGCCUUCACCUACUACAAGCAGACCUGGACCCUGGGCAGCUUUGUCUGCAGCACCACGGACUGGUUCCAGCACUCGUGUGUGAUUGCAAAAACUUUAAUCCUUGCAGUCACCACCAGAGCCAAACACACGCUUGUGCCAAGCACCGCCACGGGGCCCCUCUACAGCCCGACGUGGAUCCACGGAGCCCUGGCGUUCGUUUGGAUGGUGUCGAUGAUGUUUCCGAUCCCCCAGCUGCUCUUCGCCACUCUGGUGAAGCAUGGCCGCGACACUAUUUGCGUCUCUGAAAUGCCGCUCUGCGCGUCCAACUUCAUGAGUUUGUUCUACAAGAUUUAUCCCACUGCAGCCUUCGUGGCGCCGGUCAUCUUCACCGUUGCCUACCACACCAAAGUGCUGCACACCGCGGUGAACAACGCACCCACCCCGCGGCACCAGAGCAAAAUUACCCUGGUUUUACUGUGUCUAAGCAGCGCCCUCGGGCUCAUGCUGCUGCCGGAGUGGGGGGCAUUCACCUGGAUAAGGCUUGGGUACAACAAACCGCCCGUGGGCUUGGUCAUCUUUGCGCAAGUUCUCCUCUACGCAUGCAGCGCCCUCUCUCCGGUGAUCUUGAUGACCAUGUACGACGAGGUGCGCCAAGGUCUGAUCACCAUCUGGUUCAUGGCCACCUGCAGAGGCACGAAGCGCCUCCGCGGCACCCAGUGUCCCAAGACGGAGGGGAACGGAGCGGAAGUGGAAGUGGAAGAAAACGCCGUCGGCAACGCGGUGUCGCAGGAGACGGAGAAGACCAUCCCAGAUGUGGAGCACUUUUGGACAGGGCGCAGGAAUACGCACGUCGAGGAGGAGCAGGAUCCGGUUCCGUGGGAAAGAGAGGAGAAGAUGUUGUGAAUCAGAUGUAAAAUUAUUCUUUUAUUUAUGUGUCUAUUCUUGAGCAGAAGAGUUCAACUUGUUCUCAGCUGGUUUAGUGUGUUGACCCACCGUGCAGACCCUCGUUCAACGGCUGUUUGCUGUCGUGAGCUUGAUUAGGUGUAAAAUAAAUCGGGUUUUGUUUUAUGUAACACGUUGUAAACUAUGUAUUUUGAAUAUCUGUUCUUGCCUGCAGUAUUGAUGCACUGUCAAGUAGAACACCUUUAUUAACCAAUGUAAAUAUCAACUGUCACGCAUCAACGAGUGAUUUGUGACUGUGUGUGUAACAUGAAUAUUAAAACAAAUAUAGAACUGC